AUGUCUUUCACCUCCCUCACAUCUACACAGCAGGAGCUGGAAGUUCUACAUCUGCGAAACAGACUAUUCAUACAUAAAGAUCGCAACAACGAAUACAGAACACCCAUUUCGUCAAAUUGGCGACCGACAUUUCACGUCACCGCGCCCAACGGAUGGCUGAACGACCCAUGCGGACCAGGCUACGACCCUUCGACCAAGAAAUACCACCUCGGCUUCCAAUGGAAUCCGAAAGGAAAUGACUGGGGAAAUGUAUCAUGGGGAAACGCGACUUCUUAUGAUUUGGUAUCUUGGAACCGAUCGGCCGAACCAAUGCUCUCCCCGACAACAGAGUAUGACCACUCCGGCGUGUUUACGGGCUGUCUCCGGGCAACUGAUAUCGAUGGAAGAAGUUCUGGAGCAUUAACGUGCAUAUAUACCUCGGUCAGCCAUCUGCCGAUUCAUUAUACGCUUCCAUAUGUUCGUGGAUGCGAGACCCUUAGUUUGGCUGUCUCGCAUGACAGCGGAAAGACAUGGCAGCGAUUGGAGUGUAAUCCGAUUCUUCCUAGUCCUCCGCAGAACCUUGAAGUCACCGGUUGGAGAGAUCCCUUUGUCGGCCCUUGGCGGAGAACAGAGCCGGACCAGCAGUUAUAUGGUUUCAUAUCGGGUGGUAUUGUUGGACAGACCCCCACUAUAUUUGCCUACACUGUCAACCCAAAGGAUCUGCGGGAAUGGAUGUUUAUUGGUUGUCUGGUUGAUGUCGGACUGAAUUUUCGACCUUCUCGGUGGUCAGGAGAUUUUGGUGUGAACUGGGAGGUAGCCAAUGUCUUUGACCUCGUCAGUCAGGAGGAAGAAGUUGUAUCUAGGACGUUCAUGGUAGUCGGCACAGAAGGAUGUCUCCUGGUUAAAGAUGAUGACAGAGUCAUGGCGCGCACGGCUAGAACGCAGCGACAACAAUUGUGGAUGGCAUUGAAGGCUAAACCUACAAUCAUCUGUGACGAGGAAAACAAUGAUCCCUCGACCAAUACUCAAGCACUAGCCACGUACUCAUUUGCCGGCAUCUUCGACCAUGGCUGCUACUACGCCGCAAACUCGUUCUAUGACCCAGUCACUGCUCAGCAUGUAGUCUAUGGUUGGAUCACCGAAGAAGAUCUACCAGAUGACCUCCGUCAUGGGCAAGGAUGGAGUGGAUUGAUCUCUCUUCCGCGAACGGUGCAUUUACAAGUCCUACAAAAUGUUGUCAGAGCUCGUAACUCAGAGCUCCAAAGUAUCACAUCCAUGGAAACAGAAGUUGACUCCCGAGGAACCCACACAGUCCGAACUUUGGGAAUACGGCCGGAUGAUAGACUCCGAAAGCUUCGAGACAAGGCUCGAUGGGUACACACUAUGCAGAGUCCGAGUCUUCUUUCUUCUCAAUCUUCACAAUCUGUUAUACCAUUACGGACAUCAAAAUGGGAAGUCGAGGCGGAAUUUGCUGUUCAAAAGCAAUGUACUCGCGUCGGUAUUCAGAUUUCGCAUAGCGCUGACCUGAAAUCACAAACCGUCAUUUCAUGGGACUCGUGCACUGAGACCUUCACCAUCGACCGACCGUAUCCCACAUAUCCAGGAAUUAAUCAUGGCGUCGAGAGCGCACCGCAUACAUUGUUGACGUUUCGCAACGAUCAGGGUGACGAGGUCGAAGAGCCACUUCGAAUCCACGCAAUAUUCGACACAAGUGUAUUAGAAGUCUUUGUGAACGAGCGUACGGCGAUCUCCACACGUAUAUAUCUAGAUGAGGAUCGUUGUUUCCAGCUCGCUUUCUUCGCUGGAAGGGAAUCAAAUGAUGAGAAAUGUGACUCUGGAGCCCAUGCCGUGCUAUUAAGAGCUCAGGCGUGGGAUGGUCUGGAAACAUGA